GUCAGCUGACUGGAGGCGUAUCUGGGCGUGGCGAUGCCUGCGAAGGGGAUCUCCGUGAAUUCAGCUGACUGGGGCGUGUGUGGGCGUGGCCAGCGCUGUUAUCAGGACGCUCCGGGGUUGAGCGGCUAUUGUGGUGAUUGGCGUCUUGCAGGAGUCACUAUGAAGGUGGUAGUGGCGUUGUUUUGUGCCCUCGCAGCUGUAACAGCAACUCCCUUGUUCGGCACUGAGCAGUGUGCCAAUGGCCCAGGCGUGUGGUGUGUGAAUAUCCGAACUGCUAAACAGUGCAGUGCCGUUACUCACUGCCAGCAAACAGUAUGGAACAAGCCAGUAAUUAAUUCUGCACCCUGUGACAUUUGCAAGGAAGUGAUUACUGUAGUGGGAAACUUCUUAAAAGAUAAUCUUACCCAGAGUGAAAUCCUAGGUCUCCUAAAUAAAGGCUGUGAUAUUCUUCAUGAUCCUUCAAUGGUUUCAGAGUGCAAGCAGCUGGUCUCUGACUACUACCCACUGGUCAUCAACAUAAUUGAACAAGAACUUAGCAACCCAAGUGUGGCUUGUUGUGCUCUUGGACUAUGCAAAUCUUUGCAGCAGUACUUGGCAAACCUGAAACCCGUUCAGCUUGCAACUAAUGAGAUUCCUGGCGUGGAUUUAUCGAAGCUGGUGUCCCCUUUCAUGGCCAAUAUCCCUCUUCUUUAUCCCAAAGCAGAGGAUGGCGCUAAAGCCGAGAACAAGGAUAUCUGCCAGGACUGUCUUCAACUCGUAGGUGACAUUCAAGACUCUCUCAAAACCAACUCUUCUUUUGCCAAAAUGUUAAUUGAGAAUUAUUUGAAGGAAUGUGAUGAGCUUGGCGGUGGACUUUCUGAAAUGUGCAAGACCUACAUUAAUCAGUAUGGAGAACUGGCUCUGCAAAUGAUGAUCCAAAUGCCAGCAAAGGACCUAUGUUGUGCCGCCGGUCUGUGUUCACAAAAAGCUUCCCCUCUACAGGACCUGAUCCCUGCCAAAGUAAUUGUUCCAGCAAUGAAACUGCAGCCAGCCAUAAAAAUGGAACCUAAAACCCCUGAGGACCAUCUUCCCAUCUGUGAAUUAUGUGAAAUGGUGGUGGAGAAUGUAGAGAAGUUCUUGGAUGAUAACCGGACACGGGUGAACAUUAAGUCGGCUCUGGAAAAAGUCUGUGGUAUUUUGCCCUCCCAAUAUCGCAGUAAAUGUAAAGACUUUGUUGACACGUAUAGUGAUUUGAUCAUCACAUUGAUGGAAGAGGAAGGAAAUCCAAAAUUAAUUUGCAUGCUCAUGGGGUGUUGCAGUGCCAGAGCACCACAAAUUGUGAAACUCGAUUCUGCAAAAAUGAAGUCUGGAAACUGUGGAAUGUGCAAGAUGAUUAUGGCGUAUUUAGACAAAGUACUGGGACAAAAUGCUACUCAGCAGAAAAUUGAGGAAACGUUAGAGAAGAUCUGCAACUUCUUACCGCCAUCGGUAUAUGAUGAGUGCUACGCUGUGAUUGGUGCUUAUGGGCCAAUGAUCAUGGAUCUGCUGGUUAAAGAAAUGGACCCAGGCUUGGUUUGUGUGGAAAUUGGUCUGUGCCCAGGUGUCAAAAAACCCCUUUUAGGAACUGAGAAAUGUAUGUGGGGUCCAAGCUACUGGUGCAAAGACUUGGAAACUGCAGGAAGUUGUAAUGCUAUUGAGCACUGCAAACAUCAUGUUUGGAACUAGAGAAGACUUAUUCUUGGAAGUGUGAUGGACUGCACAGAAUGGACCCCCACUUAAGAUCGCACUAUUCAAACCUGGAGAGAAUAUUUUUCUGUAUGGAUAGGUUGUACAUAUUUUUGUUCUGUAGAGAAAUGUUCUGCACAAAAAUUAGAGGAUUCAUUUUUUUUCCCCCUAGCUUUUCUUAAACUUUAUUUUG